AUGCGCAGAGUUCUACCCUGGAGGGUGGUUUCUUUGGGACUUGCCAGGCGUUUCAACAGCGAUUCCCUUCUCGAUGACAUCUUCUCGGAGCUAAGUGUGUGCGACAUCACACAGAGACCGAGCCAGUCCAAGGCGCAGACUGCAGCGUCGUCGAAGGGAAGAGUUGUUGGCAGCAGUAGUGGUGCCGCUGGUCCGAUGGAGACGUCCGCUCCUGCGGAGGAAGAGGCAGAGUUACGGGCGGAGCUGUCUAAGCAGGAGCAACUUCUACGCCAAGUGCAGGAGGCGAUGGAACAAGCUGCAAUGGCGGAGAAGGAGGAGGUGAAAGCGGAGGAGGUGCGGCGCCAUGCCCGAUACACCGCUUCCCCACCUGCGGCACUUCAUCUCUCCACAGCGGAGUUGAUCCAGGAGAAGUCGCCGCAGCACUUCACCCCAGCGAAGGAUUCUUCAGCAAGGCUCUCUGCGCUCCCUCGACUGGAGUCACCGGGUUCUGUUGCGGUGGUAACGUUAGUUGGUAGAGUACUCUCGGAGGUGACGGCACACGGCGAGGAGGAGGAGGAGUACUCAAAAGGAACAAAGGACAGUUCCGUAAGCGAGGACGGGCCACACGCUCGCUUUCUGGUGCAGUACAGCGUGCCAUUUCUCCCAUCAUCGAGGCCGGUCAAAGUGCAAGUGCGUUGCUAUGGCGCCACCCUGGCAUCGUUUUCGGAGAAGCACGUCAAGCCUGGUGAUUUGGUGCAUAUUUUGGGGCAUCUGUUGCCUCUUGAAUCGAACUCCGCAGAUGACCCGGUGUUUUGUGUUUGUGCACUCCCUGUAGGGGGAAACAUCUCUGUUGUACUUUCGGCCAAGCGUGAAGCGGCCGCACCUUGA